UGAAAGUCGCAACGAUGGAAGCAGUGCAACUCGAACCGUUGUUUGAAGAAAAUUUACCCGAAUUGAAAGCAGGUGUCGUGCUGGCAGUUACAUCACCGAUGGAAAGGUUGAUUAUAUUUGAUCGAGUGAACAAAUAUGACAAGAUGCUACGAUCAAUGGCCUACUUGAUUAGAUUCGCGAAGUUUAUUGCGAGCAGAAAACAAUCAAUUAUCCGCGGACCACUGACUGUUUUGGAAUUGAGAGGUGCGUUGGCAGUAACAGUGCGUUGUGUGCAAAAGGAGACGUUUAAUCUUGAGCUGCGUGUGAUUGCUGAAGGUGGCCAAUCGAAACACCGCCUUAGUGGUUUGAAACCUUUCAUUGAUCCACAAGAUGACAUGUUGCGCGUAGGUGGCAGACUCAAAAACGCUCUCAUUCCUUAUGACAGUCGACAUCAAAUGCUUUUGCCUGGUGGACAUCCAUUUGUGGAUGCUAUUGUGAGAAGUUUGCACCGAUCAAAUUUGCAUAUUGGGCAGAAGGGUCUGCUUGCGUUGGUUCGCCAGCGGUUUUGGCCACUGAGAGUGAAGUCGACUAUACGGAAGGUCAUCGCUAACUGUAUCACUUGUUUCAGAGCGAAUCCACUGAAGACAUCCCAACUGAUGGGAGAUUUGCCAUCUUACCGUAUCCAGCCAGCACCGACAUUUGCCUACACUGGUGUAGACUUUGCCGGACCCUUUUUGAUUAAAUCGCACACUGCAAGUCGCAGACCACUUAUCACGAAGGCUUAUGUUUGCCUAUUUGUCUGCAUGCUAACCAGAGCUAUCCAUUUAGAGUUAGUGUCUGACUUGACAACGAGUGCAUUUCUGGCUGCAUUACGGCGAUUCACCAGCAUUUGGGAGGCGGGUGUGAAGCAGGUAGAAGCCGUUUUAAAUUCUCGACCGCUGGUACCGUGCUCCGAUGAUCCAUGUGACCUUACAGCGAUAACACCAGCCCAUUUCUUAAUUGGCCGAGAGAUGAAGGCAGUGACCGAACCAUCCUACCUAAAUGUUAAGCAGAGCACUCUUUCUCGGUGGCAAUUAGUACAAACUAUAUUUCAACAUUUCUGGAGAAGGUGGACAGCAGAAUACUUACCAGAACUUCAGAACAGAGCAAAGUGGACGAAAGCAACACCCAUAGCAAAAGGUGCUCUAGUUCUGAUGGCUGACCAGGGUUCUCCGCCUUUCGAAUGGCCCCUUAUAAAGUUACACCCUGGAAAAGACAACAUUUGCCGUGUCGUCACUGUGAAAACAUCUAAGGGCGAGUACAAGCGUGCCAUAACCGAGGUUUGCCUACUGCCUCUGGACAGCAAGCCAGAUUGAAAGGAUUUCAACGCCGGG